GCACAUUUAUGAGCCAUCUUUGUAUAUAAGAUCGCCAUUUGUUUGAUUGCCUCUAGAUCCCGGAGAGUGGAGCAUUGGUACACCACGACUCCAACUGGAAGCACCUCUGGGCUGCACCAGAAAACCCCCGUACAGCUCCCUCGCCAGGUCUCCCCGGGAUCCGUGUUUUGCAUCGCUCCUCAAUUUGCAUUUCUUCCUCAGAUUUUCCGUGCGACGGGUUCAGCCGCUCGAAACCAGCGGGCGCACCACGGCUCUAUUGUACGUGCGCCUCCAUUUCCAAAGCAAUACGCACAGAGAAGAAACCUCUGGAAAUUUUGAAUAAUGUUGCCGAAGCUCCACGAGCGGGGAAACUGAGGACAUUUUGAUUUAACUGUUAUUGCUGUUGCGUACCUACGGAGACAGACACGUGUCUUCGGGGUAAACAGAAAAGGGCUAGAUCGUGUCCGCAGAUAGCGUUGUGGUUUUUUCUCCCCGUUUUGUUUGUUUUAGACGGCCGAGUUCAAGCUUGGCGAGGAGCUAUACAUUUCAGUUCGUGCGCCUUGGUGAUAAAGACGCAUUUUGGAGAUGUCGGAAGUGCUACCUUUCAACGAAGAAAAAAUGAAUCAUUAUGGAAAUGAGGGCGACGAGGGACACCUUUCCUUCACCUGUCGUCUUCAAGACACCAACAACUUCUUCAGUGGCUCACAGAAUAAACGUCCGCCGAAACUCGGACAAAUAGGCAGGAGCAAACGGGUUGUGAUUGAGGAUGAGAAUGGCGACAACGAAGCACUGAAAAAUGGAACAGAGAAGACCCCGGCAGAGGCUUAGAGCGCACGGCUCACCGACCCCCAAAAGACACUCUUGAAAUUUUUUAUGGCGAUAUUUACCAGUUUUAAUCCAAAGACACUGUAUAUAAGCACUUUCUCUCAUGUGGCAGCAAGCAGCACUUCCACGCCCUCCUCUCCCAGUCUGUCAUGGCCAUCCGGGUGACACACACUGGCAGGGGAGGGAGAUGGCAGCAAAGGAGACCCCCAGGUGGACCCCCCCGAGACACACACACACACACACACACUCACACUCUUUCUCUCAGAUAAACAAACACACCCUUGAUUACAGGGUUUCGCCAUAAAUCCAAAAGCGAGAGAAGACAACAAGAGGAGGGGGGGGCAGGGGCGAGGUGGAGGAAGGAGGCGACGCUGUCGAAAUGCAGAAAUCAGGGACAGGUUACAGAAAUAAAUCUGAUAUAGAAACUAAAGCACACACUUCUCCUAUAUCUUAUCAAUCAAACCUAUGGUACCAUUCUUUCUGCUCUUCAUUUUGAGGGCAAAUGAAUAACAGAGUUUGUAAAUAUGGAAAGGGUAGCCCAUAUUUUCUUGCACAAAGUGGGAAGCGGUAAACUGGUUUGUUCUCUGUGUUGAAGACUUUAUUGAUCCUUUGGAAUAUGUCUUUUGCAGUGACUUAAGGCCCGAGGGAGGGUUUUUUUGUAUGUCAAGAAAACUUUUGAGUGAAUGAGAGUGACAUUUUUUUUUCACUUUAUAAUUCUUGAUGUUGCCUGAGUGUUUUUUGUUACCAUACUUUGCAGCUAACAAGUCAUUUAUAUACAGUGUACCUCCCACCUGUUUGUAAGCUUCCCAGGCUUUCACCUGGAUUGGUUGAUACUGUAACUUGACUGUACACACCCUAUUGAUAAACUAUUUAUAUUGCAUUGUGCAUUAUCGUGUGUGCCAAAUCUCAUGAGGGAUAUACUGUACCAGACAACUUGUUCUUUUUUGUGCUUUAUACAUUUACUCAUACAAUUCAGUUGUUUGGUUGGGUUGCCAUUUUUUAGGGCUCUUUCUUAAAACACUGAAAUACCAACUCAUGCAUGGCAAAUAUGAAAUCAUGCAUGCACUGCAGAAGUUCUGAAACUCUUGUGUAUUCUUGAAGCACCUCGUAUACAGCUUUGAAUGACAAACCUCGAGAAACAGUCUUAAUUCUGCGUUGUACUGUACGAUUCUCACUGAUUUGUACAGUGGCCUAAUAUCUUGUAAUAAAGAUUAUGACAAAGUA